AUGGUAGUGAACCAUCUCAAUAAAUGGAACAGCGACUCGAUUAUUGUCAGUACGAAUAACCAUGGAGCUAAAGGGAAUGGACCUGAGGUUCGGAUAAACACAGACACUCUGGCUGUGGAAAUCGGGGGCUCUUUGAAUGUGACCUGCAGAACCACAUGUUUAGAUCCUAUUAUGGAAAUGGAACUAAAACCAGGGCUAAUUGAAUACUGCAAUAAAGUUAACAACUCGAUCACAUGCCAAUUCCCAACUGUGAUGAGGUGGGAUUUACCAAUGGUUUGCAGUGUAACGUGCAAAUCUGAAAACAAUACUCAGGUUGAGAACAAAACAGUGAUCAUUGUGUACAAUCGAGAUCUUGUCAUUGCUCCACAUCCAGAAGUGAUGGAAAUUAACAAAACAUAUCAGCUGCAUUGCACCGGUCCAAGAGUGUAUCCAAACAACAAGCUCCAUCUCAAGUGGCUCAGAGGGAACAAAGUUGUGAAGUCAGUUAACCCAACGGAACCAGCAAAGUUUCCAGACAAUCUGAUUCCGUUGGUCAAUAUCCUCAAUCUCAAUGCAAGCAAGGCUGAUGAUGGACAAGUGUACACAUGCUUGGCAGAGCUGGACUUGGACACAAUUACCACAAAAGAAAUCAAAUCCUCCUCCGUGACUCUGCAAACCUACUCUUUUCCAAAGCCUCCUAGAAUCCUCAACAGAAAGCCCAUUGAAGUGAAUGAGGAGGCCACGUUGGAAUGUGAGGUCCAAAAUGUCUAUCCAGCUGAGAACUUGAUUGUAACAUGGUUUCACAAUGAAGAAGAACUGAAGUCAGUUACAAAGACGUCAGCAUCCCACGAUAUCUGGGCAACAACAUGGACACCGCAAGACACGGGACUGAUUAAACUCACCUGCAGAGCAGAUUUUGAGGAUUAUCCAUUAAAUCUAACAAGGAGUCACAACAUUGCCAUUGAGGUGUACGAUCCUGUUACAGGGGCAGCUACCGGCAACUGA